AUGAGAGCUGAGGGACGGGCUUUGGACGAUGGCCACCAAAAGAUGGUGAAGGUGGAGGCGGCAAGAGACGACAUUUAUCAGGAGAUCGAAUAUGUCAAAGAUUUGUGUCUUCAACCAGGGUGGCUGUGUGGUCACGGUGGGGCUAAAAGUCCCAGCAUGCCCCGCCGAAGCAAGAGAAUGGAGACCUACCAGACACCCUUUACCCCCGGCGACGAGUCCUCACAAAUGUGGACCCUCAACAAGCGCCUGGAGGCUUACCUCUCCCGGGUCCAAGCUCUGGAAGAAGAGAACGAGCUGCUCAGAGCCGAAAUCCAUCACCUGCGCCGGGAGCCCGGGGCGCCCUCCGUCAGGAAGUACCACCAGGAGAUCAUGAAGCUGAGGGACGCCUUGGACGACGGCCACCAAAGCAUGGUGGAGGUGGAGGCGGCCAGAGACGACAUUUAUCAGGAGAUCGAAUACGUCAAAGAUUUGUGCCUUCAGGAGAAACACGCUCAGGAAGAGGCGAGGAGGGAAAUGUCCGAAAGCAAACGACUCCUCGAAGAGGAGAGGAGAGCCCAGAGCUGGCUGAAGGAACGUUUGGUCCAGCUGGAGGUUGAGAUGGAGGACAUCCUCAAGGUCCACGAAGAGGAGAAGGCUGCCAUGGAAGAAGAGAUCUCCAGCUUCUCCCAACGCCUGGACAGCUUCAAGGUGGCCCCCGUAGCCUUCCAACCCGUCAACGUGGAGGACUACUCGGCCAGGCUUUCGCAGAUCUGGCAGGGGGCCGUGGAGGACUACAAGAACGAGGUCUCGGCUCUGGAGGGCGGCCUGUCCGAGGCCAAGGAGAACCUGAGGAAGGUGCUGGAGGAGAACAAGCAGAGCCAGCUGCAGCUCCAGAACCUGGACAGGGAGCUGCUGAGCCUCAAGUCCCGGAAGGAAAUGCUGGAGGACGUUCUGGGCAAGCAGUGGCUGGAGACACAGGAAGAGGAAGGGAGACUACAGCUGGAAAUCGAGACCUUAGAAAAGGAGAAACGAGACCUGAGGGCCCAGAUUGCUCAGAUCCUGGAGGAGAGGCAGCAGCUCAUGCACCUUAAGAUGUCCCUCAGUCUGGAAGUGGCUACGUACAGAUCCCUUCUAGAGGCGGAGAAUACCCGAAUAUACCCCCCGACUGCCGAUUACAAACCGUCUUCACCUUUCAGUGACUCCGUGUUGGAGAAGAACCCUCUCCGCAAGAGACAGGCAGAGAGCACAAAGACACUCGUGGCCAGAGACUACAGACUGACCUCAACCAAAAGGCAGAGUGCCGAAAAAAGCGAACAGUUGUCACACACGCCGAGCCGCCGCCUGAAUGUAAAAAGUACCUCUUUUCCAAGUCGGCCAAGCCCCGUAACCAAAGAGUUUCAGAAAGUUAGCUCCGUCCUCCAGUCUCAGAGUCUAAGAUAUACCAAAGCAUCCACAGAGAAAGCAGCAACGACGUUAUCCUCAGGAGAGAGGAGAAUCGAGAGGCGUCCUCCGACUGAAGACGUGUCCAAGAAGAGUAAAGUGGAAAACAUCUCUCAUACGUAUUCUCAAGGGUCAUCAAAAGCCAUGCCGGAUAAAACUGUGAGGUCACAAGCCAAGGAGCAGCCUUUAGAUAAAAUUGUUUACAGUAAACACGAGGCAGAAGUAACGGAAACUGAAGCUUUGGAAAAUGGGUUUCUGUUGCCAGGUGAAAGAGAAAUUCAGCAAAAAAUUGAUCAUUUGGAGUCAUCCUUAAAGACUGUUGAAGAUCAACAUCCCAUCGUCCACGAUGUUGCACUGGAAGAUCAGCAAGGUUCUCUGAAAGUUGACGUCAAUGUCCAAGACCUUCAGUCCAAAGCUCAAGAAGAUGUUCACCAAACAGACCUUCCAAGUCAAGUCUUUGGAAACGUAGAAGCAGACCUGGUUGUUCAAAGCGAAGAUGUUGUUACUCAAGUCGUGACAUGCCAGACUGUCUUAUUCGAAAAACAAGAAGUCGUGCAAUCACUAGAGAACCAAAAUAUAGAGACAACGUCCAAGGAAGAUGUCACGUGCCUCAGAAUAGCUCAGGCAAUAUCAGAACCUUAUACAGCAGACGCAAAGGCCGAGCUACUGGCCAUAACGCCAACACACGAACAAGAACUCAGUACGACUCUCCUUCCAGCUGAACGAGAGGAACCAAAGGCACUUUCUUCCGAUGUUGUGUGCGAAUCUGAACCUUUGGCUCAACAGGAACAAGAUUCUAAUGGCCAAGUAUCAUUUGAUCUUGAGCAAGCUAUUGGUCUGUCAAGCGACGUCAAGGAAGACACCAAACAACGGGCCGAUGGAAAGGACACUUUGUUGGUCGAUCAAGGUUUUGAAAUAACUGAUACAGAGCAAGGUGACUCCAGUUUAGAAAAGGUGGAGACUGAAAGUAAACUUCAGGAGGAACAAGUCGUAGUAGACCAGCAGAUCCUAAGCACGCCAAAGCAAAGCGAUAACCAGGUAUUCAAUGAUGAGAAAGUCAUAGAAGAUAAAAGCCAGGGAGAAGAGGAACCUGUUGGCAAAUGUGACAUUAUUUUUGAUGGUGCCGAGUCCCUUGAAACAUGCUCAGAUGGUGCACUGAACAGCUCACAGGUCAAUGAACUAUCAACAGAGACUGAUCUUAGACAGAAUACUGAGCCACAGAGUGAUGAAGUAAUAGUCUCACAGGAGUUUCAUUCAUUGAGUUGUGAAAUUGAUAAUACUCAAAUGAGGGAGCGUGAAGAAGAAACCACAACUGAGAAUGAAGAACUGCAGGAGGACUUUGACCUGAAGCUUGCACAAUCUGAAAGUCUUCUUGAAGAAAGUGAAGACUCUUCGAACACAGGGGAACAGGAAGAAAACCAGUUGAGUAUCAAACAAGAACCUAAAUAUUUUGAAGGGGAAGUGAAGAAGAGUGACGUAGAGGAAAGUUCUCAAGAACAUGAUACAGAACAACCCAGUGAAACAUACAGAAAGGAAGAACUUGCCGCAUUACCUGAGGACAUUAUCCAAGUCUCUGAGGACAGCCAAGAACUAAUCCAGGAAGAGCAGAAGAGUUUAGAACUGUGCAGUUCGGUACGAGAAAGUGAAAUUUACGUUGAACGGAAAACUCAGAUAAUCUGUGUUACAGAACAAAUUACUGAACAGUUUAUCGUUGAUGAUAAAGAAUUUGGCGAUCACUUGGAUGCUGAGAAUUCGUAUUUUCCUGAAGCUGGACUAAAGGAAAUUCAACAAGAACUGGAAAGUCUGGAGUUCAGUGGCAAAGAAAAAGAGAUUCGUGAUAUUCUUAGUACUGUAGAAGCUGAUGGAGUGCAAAUAACCAAGUUGGAGUCAGAAGAAGCUACAAGUCAGUUAAGUGAUGAUACUCAGGACACGGUCCAAGUAUUUGAGAACAUUGAGGAUAGUCAGGAUGUUAAGCUGGAAAAGCAGAAAUCACCUGAAGCAAGAGAUGUUGAACAGGACCAAAGCAAUACUGAAGAUAAAGUUCAGCUCGUAGAUGGUAUUGAUGAUGGUGAUCAGUCAGUGGAUAAGAGCCAAGAGCUGUUAUCUAAGCAAGACAGUAGCAUUGUGCCUGAAACUGAACAAGUGGACAGUCUGCAGUCUUUCCAAGAAGAACAAAAAGACACCGAAUUGGCUCAGACUGAACAACAGGACAAUAAGUUGAGCUUUGAUGAAGACAGUUCACCACCUGAAACUAAGGAAACCAUUUUUUCUGCAAGCGAUGUGAUAGAGGAACCGAAAUUCGAUGGACAAUCUUCACUGUCCUUUGGUGGUGCUGAAAAUGACGUGAAUGCUAGUGUAGAGGAGCAAGCUUCAAGUCAGUUCUCAGAAUUGAAAGAGGAGUUUGGGCAGACAUAUACCGAGAGUGUAGACUUAAUAUCAGAGGAGCUGAAGGGGUUUGAGCCAACAGUUGCUGAAGAAGGAGAUGUCCCCACAGAAACUGAUUUCACCGCAUCUCUACAGAAAGAAGUUGUUGAACAACCGGCUGAAGAAGAACCUGAACCUCACAUUACGCACGAUGUCACAGAUGCACCUACAAUUACAAACAGGGUACAAGAAAACCAACCGGAAGAACACGAGUCAGAGGAAACUAAAACAAUAGAAGAGGAUGUUCAGUUUGAUGAAUCAGGACAAGCCUAUCAAGAAUUAGUAGAUGCCGUUGCUUGUGCUCUAUUAAGAGAAGAGGUGGAGCUGGAGAGCCCUUUAUCGGCUGACAGAGUCCAGGAACCAGAAACUAGUUAUGAGCACGUCAGUGAUGCAGAGAUCAAAGUAACUUUUCAGGAUAAAAGUGAAGAAAUAACCUACUGGACAGAGAAGGUUAUACUACAAGAGAGCCGUCAAGUGGUUUCCACAAGCACCUAUUCUGAGGAGCAUGAGGUUGACACGCAACUGGUCCACCAAGCAUGUGAUCCUACUGACGUAGAGAGGUCAGCAAUGACAGAUCUAGAACCUGAAAGGAAAAUACCAGAAAACGAGACAGAAGAAUGUAUUCCUGAAAGUGAUAACGUAGACAGCGGUGAUGUCAAACCUGUCAGCCAAGAAUCAAAGGGCCCUGGUGCUGACCAAGAGCCAGGAUUUGACCAUGAGACCCUCUGUGACACGCAGCCUGAAAUUACAGUUCAAAAGGCAACUGCUGAAGAGUACAGCAGCAAAGAUACACAAGAAGAAACCAGUUAUGACAAUUAUGAGGAUGUUUCCAAAAAAACAGAUACCACUGAGAAUGAGGAGGAGAGUAAAGACUCCAGGGAUCUUGAAGCUGACCAAGCAUCAGAGCAGGACCAACAGCACGUCUCUGAUGCAGAGACCAAAACUAUAUUGCAGGAGGAGAGCACAGAAGAAUAUUCUAGCCAAGAUACCGAAGAAAAAACUAGUCAAGAGGAUUCUGAAACUGUUUCCAAAACAACAGAGCCAGAACCCUUAGCGGAAAAUGAGAAGGACAGUAAAGAUUCUGGAAAUCCCGAAGCCGACCAAGAGUUAGAACUUGACCAACGUCAUGUCUUUGAUACAGAGUCCAAAGUUAUAUUGCAACAGGAAAGCUCAGAAGAAUAUUCUAGCCAAGAUGUUGAAGAAAAAACUAGUCCAGAAACUGCACAGGAUACCUUGGCAGAAAAUAAAGAUUCCAUGGAUCCUGAAGCUGACCGAGAGGCAGAGAUUGACCAAGAGGAUGUCUCUGAUUCUAAAAUCUCCUAUCAACAGGAAAGUGUAGAAAGAUAUACCAGAGAAGGUGCGGAAGAAGAAAUAAGUCAAGUCAGUUGUGAAACUGUCUCUGAAACAGUAAAGAAAGACACCUCUGAAGAGAACGAAGAAGACAGUAAGGACUCCAGAAAACCAGAAUCUGACCCAGAGCCAGAAAUUGACCACGAGUCUCUGUCCGGUACAGAGGCCAAAAUCACCUAUCAACAGGCAAGUGUAUUAGAUUCUGACAAAGGAGCAGAUGAGGAAAUUCGUGAGGAGACAUCUGAAGUAGUUUCAACAAUGAUAGAAAAUGUAUUUUCUGAGAAGAAUGAGGAAGUUGAACAAUUAGCGGCUGAAGUAGAUGAAUCUGCAGUACCAAGCACAGACCAUGAAAGUCACACAACACAAAUCAAGGCCGAAACAUGCAUUAGUGGGAAAGAAAACAUUGCAAGUGAUGCUGAACCAAUCAGCCAAGAAUCCCGAGAUCCUGAACCUGACCAAAAACCAGAGCUUGUCCAAGAAACUCUCUCUGAUACAGAGCAAGAGGUUGGCCCCCAACAGGAAGAUGCAGAUGACCAUUUCAGCAAAGGCUCAGAAGAACAAACAACCCAAGAUACGUUAGAAAUAGUCACAAAAGUGACAGAAUGGGUCACCAGAGAGGAAGAUGAGCAGGAUGGUAAGGAUUUCAGGGAUUCUGGGGCUUAUGAAGGACAAGAUCUUGUUGAAGAGCCCCCCUUUGACACAGAGCCACCAUUUACUCUUGAGGAGAAAAAGGAAGAAGUAUGUUUCAGUGAAGAUGUAGAGGAAGAAAUAAGACAAGAGACUGUUGAACCAAUCUCAAAGACAGCAGAGGAGGACACCAUGGUAGAGAAUCAGGAGGACACUAAAUAUUCCAAGGAUUCUGAGGCUGAGCAAGGGCAAGAUCUUGUUGAAGAGCCCCUCUUAGGUACAGAGCCAAGAUUUAAUCUUGAGGAGAAAAAGGAAGAAGUGUGUUUCAGUGAAGAUGUAGAGGAAGAAAUAAGACAUGAGACUGAAGAACCAAUCUCAAAAACAGUAGAAGAGGACACCACUGCAGAGAAUCAGGGGGACAUUAAAGAUUCCAAGGAUUCAGUGGCUGAGCAAGGGCAAGGACUUGUCGAAGAGCCCCUCUUAGAUACAGAGCCACAAUUUACUCUUGAGGAGAAAAAUGAAGACGUGUGUUUCAGUGAAGAUGUAGAGAAAGAAAUAAGACAAGAGACUGUUGAACCAAUCUCAAAGACAGCAGAAGAGGAUACCACUGUAGACAACCAGGAGGCUGUUAAAGAUUCCAAGGAUUCUGAGGCUGAGCAAGGGCAAGAUCUUGUUGAAGAGCCCCUCUUAGGUACAGAGCCAAGAUUUAAUCUUGAGGAGAAAAAGGAAGAAGUGUGUUUCAGUGAAGAUGUAGAGGAAGAAAUAAGACAUGAGACUGAAGAACCAAUCUCAAAAACAGUAGAAGAGGACACCACUGCAGAGAAUCAGGGGGACAUUAAAGAUUCCAAGGAUUCAGUGGCUGAGCAAGGGCAAGGACUUGUCGAAGAGCCCCUCUUAGAUACAGAGCCACAAUUUACUCUUGAGGAGAAAAAUGAAGACGUGUGUUUCAGUGAAGAUGUAGAGAAAGAAAUAAGACAAGAGACUGUUGAACCAAUCUCAAAGACAGCAGAAGAGGAUACCACUGUAGACAACCAGGAGGCUGUUAAAGAUUCCAAGGAUUCUGAGGCUGAGCAAGGGCAAGAUCUUGUUGAAGAGCCCCUCUUAGGUACAGAGCCAAGAUUUAAUCUUGAGGAGAAAAAGGAAGAAGUGUGUUUCAGUGAAGAUGUAGAGGAAGAAAUAAGACAUGAGACUGAAGAACCAAUCUCAAAAACAGUAGAAGAGGACACCACUGCAGAGAAUCAGGGGGACAUUAAAGAUUCCAAGGAUUCAGUGGCUGAGCAAGGGCAAGGACUUGUCGAAGAGCCCCUCUUAGAUACAGAGCCACAAUUUACUCUUGAGGAGAAAAAUGAAGACGUGUGUUUCAGUGAAGAUGUAGAGAAAGAAAUAAGACAAGAGACUGUUGAACCAAUCUCAAAGACAGCAGAAGAGGAUACCACUGUAGACAACCAGGAGGCUGUUAAAGAUUCCAAGGAUUCUGAGGCUGAGCAAGGGCAAGAUCUUGUUGAAGAGCCCCUCUUAGGUACAGAGCCAAGAUUUAAUCUUGAGGAGAAAAAGGAAGAAGUGUGUUUCAGUGAAGAUGUAGAGGAAGAAAUAAGACAUGAGACUGAAGAACCAAUCUCAAAAACAGUAGAAGAGGACACCACUGCAGAGAAUCAGGGGGACAUUAAAGAUUCCAAGGAUUCAGUGGCUGAGCAAGGGCAAGGACUUGUCGAAGAGCCCCUCUUAGAUACAGAGCCACAAUUUACUCUUGAGGAGAAAAAUGAAGACGUGUGUUUCAGUGAAGAUGUAGAGAAAGAAAUAAGACAAGAGACUGUUGAACCAAUCUCAAAGACAGCAGAAGAGGAUACCACUGUAGACAACCAGGAGGCUGUUAAAGAUUCCAAGGAUUCUGAGGCUGAGCAAGGGCAAGAUCUUGUUGAAGAGCCCCUCUUAGGUACAGAGCCAAGAUUUAAUCUUGAGGAGAAAAAGGAAGAAGUGUGUUUCAGUGAAGAUGUAGAGGAAGAAAUAAGACAUGAGACUGAAGAACCAAUCUCAAAAACAGUAGAAGAGGACACCACUGCAGAGAAUCAGGGGGACAUUAAAGAUUCCAAGGAUUCAGUGGCUGAGCAAGGGCAAGGACUUGUCGAAGAGCCCCUCUUAGAUACAGAGCCACAAUUUACUCUUGAGGAGAAAAAUGAAGACGUGUGUUUCAGUGAAGAUGUAGAGAAAGAAAUAAGACAAGAGACUGUUGAACCAAUCUCAAAGACAGCAGAAGAGGAUACCACUGUAGACAACCAGGAGGCUGUUAAAGAUUCCAAGGAUUCUGAGGCUGAGCAAGGGCAAGAUCUUGUUGAAGAGCCCCUCUUAGGUACAGAGCCAAGAUUUAAUCUUGAGGAGAAAAAGGAAGAAGUGUGUUUCAGUGAAGAUGUAGAGGAAGAAAUAAGACAUGAGACUGAAGAACCAAUCUCAAAAACAGUAGAAGAGGACACCACUGCAGAGAAUCAGGGGGACAUUAAAGAUUCCAAGGAUUCAGUGGCUGAGCAAGGGCAAGGACUUGUCGAAGAGCCCCUCUUAGAUACAGAGCCACAAUUUACUCUUGAGGAGAAAAAUGAAGACGUGUGUUUCAGUGAAGAUGUAGAGAAAGAAAUAAGACAAGAGACUGUUGAACCAAUCUCAAAGACAGCAGAAGAGGAUACCACUGUAGACAACCAGGAGGCUGUUAAAGAUUCCAAGGAUUCUGAGGCUGAGCAAGGGCAAGAUCUUGUUGAAGAGCCCCUCUUAGGUACAGAGCCAAGAUUUAAUCUUGAGGAGAAAAAGGAAGAAGUGUGUUUCAGUGAAGAUGUAGAGGAAGAAAUAAGACAUGAGACUGAAGAACCAAUCUCAAAAACAGUAGAAGAGGACACCACUGCAGAGAAUCAGGGGGACAUUAAAGAUUCCAAGGAUUCAGUGGCUGAGCAAGGGCAAGGACUUGUCGAAGAGCCCCUCUUAGAUACAGAGCCACAAUUUACUCUUGAGGAGAAAAAUGAAGACGUGUGUUUCAGUGAAGAUGUAGAGAAAGAAAUAAGACAAGAGACUGUUGAACCAAUCUCAAAGACAGCAGAAGAGGAUACCACUGUAGACAACCAGGAGGCUGUUAAAGAUUCCAAGGAUUCUGAGGCUGAGCAAGGGCAAGAUCUUGUUGAAGAGCCCCUCUUAGAUACAGAGCCACAAUUUAAUCUUGAGGAGAAAAGGGAAGACGUGUGUUUCAGUGAAGAUGUAGAGAAAGAAAUAAGACAAGAGACUGAAGAACCAAUCUCAAAAACAGCAGAAGAGGACACCACUGCAGAGAAUCAAGAGGACAUUAAAGAUGCCAAGGAUUCAGUGGCUGAGCAAGGGCAAGGACUUGUCGAAGAGCCCCUCUUAGAUACAGAGCCAAAAUCUACUCUUGAGGAGAAAAAUGAAGACGUGUGUUUCAGUAAAGCUGUACUGAAAGAACUCAAGAAAGUGAUAAACCAAGAAGAAGAAGAAGGUUCAUUACCCGAAAUCAGAAAAGAAGAUGAAAUGAGUGGCUUUAACAAUCCAGAGGAGACAACUCAGUUCAAUGGCUACGAGCCAGUCGGCAAGGAAAUGAAGGAUCCAAAAGUUGACCAGGAGCCAGAAUACGACAACGACUCCCAAAGAGAUGAAGAAGAAACACACGGCCUGUCAUGUGAUGCAAAAGACGUAAAUCAAGAUGUUAAUGCAGAAGUUUGCUUGACUGAGGAUUAUAGCACAUCAGAAGAAAAGCAGAUACAUCAAUUGGUGGAGAAUGACGCUGAGCUUGAGCAAGACAGAUUGACAAUGGAAGGCACCAAGCAAGAAAAUCAGUCCUUAGACAGCAAAUUAGAAGACAGCGUCAGUGCAAGUGAUGACACACAAAAUAUUGCUCAAUGGGGUGACCCCGAAGCAACCAUCCCAGAAUCAUUUGAUUCUACCUAUUGUAUCGUGUUGAACGCUGAGGUGGAACCAGACAGUGCAGUCAAUAUUUAUACGCAGGAAACAGAACUAGACUCCUAUCAGUUCACAGAACCCAAAGCUCCCUCUCAGCAGGAAACUGAAGAUGAGCACCUAAAACAAUCAGGUGAAGAAAAGGAAGUAAGUGAAGAGAAUUAUGAAGCAGAUUCCACAGCUAAAGACUAUAACGAAUCCGAGGAGACUGAAGAGAUUGUUCCAGACCAAAAGGAACCAGAAGAUGACCCAAAGAUUCCAUUUUCACUGACCAUCAUUCAAAACAAUCUUCGAUUCACAAGUGAAAACAAUGCUGAGGCCCGGCCUGAAAAAGAAGAGUGUGAGUUGUCUACAGACGGCACAGAUCUGGUUCUUGAUGAAAAGGAAAGUGCUGAUCUGCAAAACGAUGACAUCGACCAUGAAAGCCUAAACAAGGAAGAAGCCAUCUUAGAAGACAAAGAUUUCACAGAAAGCAAACAAGAGGAUGAAGACAUUAAAGAGAAGGAAGAGGAAAUUGUAAGCGAACUUUCCUACCAAGUAUCAACAGAACUUAAUACCCAGAUUCCAGGAGACCAAGCAAACUUUUUGGAAACUGAAACUAAUGAACAAAGAAAGGAAUCGGCUACUGCUUCCGAGACAGAAAGUGAAACCAUCCUUGUAGAACAAAGCAUAGAACAGAAACUGAAUGCUGAGAUCCCCACCUUGGCUUCAGAUUUUGAAGGACCCACAGAGGAGCAGAGUGAAAUUGAAGAUGUGCCUACACCCAGCAAUCUAGAAGAAGACAACUCCAAAUCGGAUGAAUCCCUGGACUCACAAGACAUCUCAAUGUAUUCUCAGAAGAGUGAAGACUUUGAAAUCAGCAAAGAUUACCAACUAGAGCAAACCCUCCCGGAUUCAACACCAUUGCCCAAUCUUGAUGAGGAGUUUGAGGACUUAGCAGAAGAUAAGGUCAUCCUCACCUCAGGAGAAGCUCAGACGGUUGCAGGGUCUUUCUGUCUUCCUGAACUGAAAGAAGAAGUGUUAGAUUCUAGUUUGGAGUCGCAGUCUUCACAAGUAGCCACAGAGACUGGAGCUGAGGAACCUAAGCAAGAGUUGGCGAAUGUUGCUGAAAGCUCUUCCGGGACAUUAGAUGAAGUCACUUUUGGUAACAAGCACUUAGAAGCUUCAGAAGUCAGCAAAGCAGAAAAUACAGAAUCAGACGAGUCCUUGAACUCACAAGAAGAAAUCUCAAUUCCCUGUGCAGACUACCAGUUGGAGAAGACACUACCCGACACUACACCUUUAUCUAAGCUCACCGAUGGAUCCGGAAUGUUGGCAAAAGGACAGGAGAUCUCAGAACCACCACAAACUGAUGAUGUUAAAGAAGUUCAGAGCAAUAUUGAACAAAGCGACUUAACGGCAUAUGAAAGUGAAAAGGAAGCUGAAAGUGUAUCUGAAACAACAGAAUUAUUUCCUACAGCAGAAGACCCGGAGUCAAAAUUAGCACCUCCUCUCAAUAUUGAUGUAACUCGGGACGAAUCCACCUACAGAAUUCCAGAACAAAGUGCAAUUAUUUCUGGAGAUGAUAGGGAUUCAGUAGAGGAAGAAGAAGAUCAAUGGGAACUGAUAACAAAAGAAGAAAUCUCAACUGGAUCUGUUACUGACAAUACCGAAACGGAGGAAGCCAUAAUCUUAGGUGACCAUAAUGGUGACCUUCCUCAGGAUCAAAGUGAUGAAAGUUACGAAGGACUAAAGACCACAAGUGAUGAGCCUCUUCAUGAAGAAAGUAAUCGAGAUGAUUUAGAACUCAUUGAAAAGACUACGGAAACAAGUGUGGCCUUAGAAAGUGACCGUUCUAUAGCUUCAGAUGAAACCACACCAAACGUGACAGCUAUCGGCCAUGAGACUGAUCCAGAAGAUGACAAAGGUGAGGAAACUUCUGACGUUAAAGUGAAAGAGAUCUCUGAUAAAAUUGAAAAAGUUGUAUUAGCGAAAGUGGAAGAUGAAGCAAUACUGGCCACCAAACCAAGUCAAGAAGCUAGUCUUCCCGAACACAUAGAAUUUCACACAUCCGAUGAAGAGAAAGACACCACCGGUGAAAUCAGUGACUCUUCAUUCGACUCUAACAGCGGCAAUGAGAGAGAAGCAGCCGAAGACCAACAUUCUUCACCAACGGAAAGUAACAUUUACGUUAAAACGGUGAAUGGACUGCACGAGGGUACCAUUGUGCAAGCCACGCUGGACUUAGAAGACCUUCUGAUCAAUGGACAUUCCACGGGUGAACAAAGCAAAAUAGUCAUUUCUGAAAGGAAGACCAUCGUAAAAGUGGAAGAGGACAUCAUAAGUACCCACACCCAGGAUAUUAUAGAGGAGUCUGUUCUCAAAUUUGCAGCCUCAGAGUGCAAGAGUGAGGGCCUCUUCCAAUCUUUACUGGAAAAAUCAGAGCUGAAAGAAGGUACCAGGCUCGAUGAACCCUCUGCUGUUGAGUAUGUGGACUCUGCCACCGACGAAACCAAUUAUACCAAGAAAACCAUAAUGCCUUACCUUCGCGAUAGUGACUUCACCAACCAGGCCGAAAUACAGCCUUCCCUGGGUGAUGAAGGUCUCAUUGUUGACACAAAGCAGCAAACUGUCCAGACCCACCAAGAAAGAGACGACGCGUGGUCGUCCGACGAGUAGACCGGACUGUGUUUUUCUGUUUGUGAAGGAGCAGAAACUU